UUGGCCAGUGUAUGACAACUUGAGAUUUGUUUUUUAUUCAUUGUAGAUGUUAAGACCAGAAGAUCUUGCUCUUUUUUUCCCCUCUGCCAGCAAAGAAACACCAUGGUCCUGCAUCUCUUCAAGAAAACGAUGACAUCUGUGGCCCCCUUGAUUGAGGCACGAUUGUCGCCUGCAUUUUUGUCUGAGUGAAAAGUCAUCCUUCCACCAUCGUUUUCUAGGCCUGCUUGAAGGUGCCACUUCCUCAGUGCAAGUAGUUUGUGGGUUCGAGGGGUGACAGCGCUGUUCUUCUCCGUCUGACUGCUCGGUCUGUACCGUGACGCUACAGUCUGACAAACAUGCUGGAUGUUGGAGUUUCCAAGUAACUGUGUUUUGGUGACAGAAACUCUAUCGAGUGGAGGGGCAAGAUACGACUUGUUUGGAAGUGGUAAAAAAGAAAGGGAAAGAAGAAGAAGAAGAAGAAUAAGCAGCAGAUCAGCAGAAGGAGGAAGUAUAGAGAAGAAGAGAGGGCUGAUUCGAAAGAAUGUACUCUUAGGAGACACUGUGUGUUUUGUGUGUGUGAGUGUGUGUGUGCGCGUGUGAAAAAGAGAAUGUGUGCGAGCGUGUUUGUGUGUGUGUAAACUUGUCCGAUUUUGAAGAAAUGUCUCUUAGACUACCUCGCAACUGGGACUUCAGCACCUUCAGAGCUGAAACUGCCAAGAUAGCCCGCUCCAAGAGUGUUAUACCAGGGGAAGGGAGCCCUGGAUCCACACACACAGGCAUUAAAAGAUCCAUGGAGAAACCUCUGAAGACAGGCUGGCUGAAGAAGCAGAGAUCCAUUGUGAAGAACUGGCAGCUGCGCUUCUUUGUGCUCAGAGGAAAUGUCCUUACAUACCAUAAGGAUGACAGAGAGAGUGCAGUUCAGGGUACCAUCCCUUUGUUCUCAUGCCAAGUUAAUGUGCUGCCGUCAAAUGCAGAUGAUAAAUUCCUGUUUGAGAUUAUCCCAGGUAGCAGUACAGAUCGUGAACGGGAUACCUACGUUCUUUUGGCAACCAGUCAGAGUGAGAUGGAUGAGUGGGUGCGCUCUAUUCGCAAAGCCAUUGGAUCACGGUCCAAUCACGUAUUUGGAAAGAGUCUUUCAGACAUCAUGGUGUAUGAGAAGAAAUUUGGGUCUCGUCUGGUGCCAAUCCUGGUGGAGAAGUGUGCAGAAUUUAUCAGAGAGCACGGUCUGAAUGAGGAGGGAAUCUUUCGGCUGCCAGGUCAGGACAACCAGGUGAAGCAGUUUAGAGAGGCCUUUGAUGCUGGAGAAAGGCCAUCUUUCCCCAGUGACACAGAUGUCCACACGGUGGGGUCCUUACUCAAGUUGUACCUCAGAGAACUUCCUGAGCCUGUUGUGCCCUGGACUCAGUAUCAGGACUUCCUUGACAGCACACUGGUGUUGGAUGCAGCCACUGCAGCAGGCAAAGAAAAACUGGAGAAGCAGAUCAGCCUUAUGCCAAAAGUCAACUACAACCUCUUGAGUUACAUCUGCAGAUUCCUUUUUGAGGUCCAGCAGAAUUCAAAGGUGAAUAAAAUGAGUGUUGAGAAUCUGGCCACAGUGAUGGGAGUGAACCUUUUCAAACCGCAAGUGGAGGACGCCAUCAGUAUGAUGAAGGGAACUCCCAUGAUACAGAAGGUAAUGACGGUGAUGAUCAGACACCACGAGCUGCUCUUCCCACCCUCUAAAGAUGUGCAGCCGUCUCCUCCUCCCAGCAAGAAAAACAAGAGUAAAAAGUCAAGCAACCCUCGCAGUUUUGUGGGCUGGGAGUCUGCUGAGUGUGAGGUGUCUUCCCUGUCGGAGUCUCCUGAAGAGGAAGAAGUAGACACACCUGAGGCUGAGAGGAGGGACGUGUGGCCAUCUGAGGCAGGGUCAGAGGAAGCACCUCUUUCUCCUUCCUCUACAUUUUCCCCUGUAUCGGACGCGUGGACCGGCAGCCCCAGAAAGCGGACUCAGACUCUACCCAGCUUUGGCUGUCCGGCAGUUGUGAAAACAUGCCGAGAGCCGGCUUUGGAUCGCUGGAGCAGGUUCCAGGAGAGCUUCAACGAGAACGACGAGAAGACGCUUUCAGAGGACAUCUUUAAAAUCCUUGACCUCCAGAAAGUGACACUCUUUUCUGGAGGGCAGAAAAGUGAAAAUGAUGACACAGGCUUGGAUAAAACAGUUAAUGAUGUUGUAGUCAAAGAAACAGAUGCUCUAAAUGCACAGACACAGAGCACAGUUCCCUUGCCUAAGCCUCGGCUGACCAAAGAGUUGAGUGCACCGAGUUUGGGCAGAGAGAAGCCAACAGCACCUGAAGAUGGGACCGUCCUACAGCAAAGCAAUGCAGGCCAACAGAGAAACACAGAUACAACGCACCUUAUCAACAGUCUACAACAGAAGAACAGAGAGCUGAGUGCUACAGUGGCAGAGCUGCAGGCAGCACUCGAGGCAGAGAGACGCUGCAAAGCUGCAUUAGAGAUCUUGCUUCGCAACGCAGAGAGCAGCAGGGAUGAAGCUCUUCAGCGCAAUGAGCACCUGAACAGAGACAUUCAGGAGUUCCUCAACAGGCCCACUGCUGGCACAUAGUGCCACCCAAUGUAUGUCAAGACUUAGUCCUGUCUAGCUUCUCACUGGAGUAAUAGGCAAACAGUCUUCAAUGGUGUUUUACACCUUGAUCUACCUUGAACUGCACUGAAUAACGUCUUUGAAAAACGUCUGGUGAAAAUGUCCAUCUCACAGUUUCUGUCUAUGAUGUGACAGAAGUAAAACUGCUAUGGUAGAAGACACCUUAUGUACAAAAAUUACACAUUUGAACUUGUUAUUAAGCGUCACGUUGGUAUUGUGAUCUGUUACAAGAAAAUAUUCAAAGUUAUGCAGUAUUGGACUGGGAAUGUGAAAGUUUUAUAAAGAGUAUUAAACAACUGCCUAUAAUUUUUUUCAUAGUGUAUUUGUCUGAUGGAUCGCUAGAAAGUAUAGUACAUACUCUCCAGGGUUGCCCAAGGGGAGACAGGUGCUAGUUGUCACACAUUUACUUAAGUGAAUAUUUGUCAGGAUACAUUUUUGCAAUCUUUUUUUUUUUUUUUUUUUUUUUUAGCAAAAUGAGAACUCAAUUGAGAAGCACAAAAUGAUUUAUGAAACGACUAAAAAAUUUAAAAGAAAAUAUAUCAGCUAUAUCUGGCAAACAGAUAUUUUAAUUAAUAAAUUCUAAAAAAAAAAAAAAAAAAAAA